GGUGAUUGGACUAGUAAAGGAAAUAGAGGGAUCUUCCAUCUUCUAGAAUAGUGUCAUGCAAGUACGACUGUGGCUAGUAAUAAGUAUGUGGUGUUGGUGGGAUCGAGCUCGAUGUCUGUAGAGUCGUCGUCGGCUGGAGACCAAUACACCAGCACCGACUCCUCCAACACAGUCAUCACCAUGGUGACAGUGACGGACGGAGGUGACCCGGCGGAUGGCAGUGAUCCCACCGAUGACUCCAACCUCGACUUCUGCAUCACUCAACCCGUCCAUGAGGAAUCUGCCAUGAGAAUCACCACCAACAUCCUAGAGGACAUUCUCGACAAAACACCUGUCUCGUCUUUGGACAGAGAAGAAGAAUUCUUCAGCGCUUCCAGUACCGAAGAUGCUCCUAAGCCAGGUUCAGAGGAGGUGAAGAUGAUAUUGCUAGGCCGUCCACCUUACGAAGGACUAGAAGAUGAUGAGGAUGACGAAUCACUAACCCCUCUCAUGCAGUACGCCGUGCCUCGUGGCGACCAAACUCCUAUCCUAGAGGACUCCAACACAAAAAGAGAGAUUACCAGACUCCUGGUGGAUGGUGACCCUGGUGAGCCUGAUCCUGACACUUCCUUGGAAUGGUACACCAUUAAAAUGCGUCAGUCAAGUAUUCCUCAAAAGAACAGAGAGAUGUCAAACACGAAGCGCCUCAAACUUCUAUCAAAAAGGUCAAUAUAA